AGCUUCUUUAGAUAAGAGGGGGAACGAAAGAUGGCGGCGGAAACGCUGCUGUCCAGUCUGUUGGGGCUGCUGCUUCUAGGGCUCCUGUUACCCGCAAGACUGACCGCCAGUGUCGGGAGCCUGAACCUGGAAGAGUUGAGUGAGAUGCGUUAUGGGAUCGAGAUCCUGCCGUUGCCUGUCAUGGGAGGACAGAGCCAAGCUUCCGACGUGGUGAUUGUCUCUUCUAAGUACAAACAGCGGUAUGAGUGCCGCCUGCCCGCUGGAGCUAUUCACUUCCAGCGUGAAAGAGAGGAGGAGACACCGGCUUAUCAAGGGCCUGGGAUUCCUGAGUUGUUGAGCCCAAUGAGAGAUGCUCCCUGCCUGCUGAAGGUGAGAGGAACUGGGAUGAAUGGAAUGAGGGCAUGGGGACUAGGAGUCCUUCUGAGAACUGGAGUGCACAUGAAUGAGAGGAUCCAGGGCACCUGUAGGAGUUAAGA